CAGUCCCCUCAUCAGCAUCUGUGGAUGCAGAAAAGCAUUGUGGGUGGGGCCGCUUCCUGCAGAGAUGCUGCCCCUUUGCCUCCUGAUUGUCGUUGGUUGCUAGAGACGGGACUGGGAGCAUCGGAGAGAGGGAGACAGUGGGUGUGAAGGAAGAUCUCUGUGCCCUCUGCUUUCUCCGCACAAUGACAGAAGACCAGGGUAACGAUUAUGUAACAAUGAUUGCGGAAUCCUCUUAGUCCAUCUGAGAGAAUAUCAUUCUGCCAGAGCGUCACUGCUGCUGCUGUUGUUGUUGUUGUUGCAGUUGCCGUACGGCAGGUUGGAAAGGCAGUGAAACGACAUCCCGGAGGUUUGUUCUAUGUAACAUGACUUGGAGAGACCUUGGUCUCCAUCUAUGUUGAAUGUAAUGGAGUCUGAAGGGGUUUGAGUCCACCUUCUGCUUAGGUUUGCCUUGGGCUUGGAGCGUAUGUGAGACUACUACACGUAGGACAUUUGGAAAGGUCGGCAGAGAGAAGGUCUAAGAGUUCCUUCAAACUAGCAAGCCCUUUAUUUGUGUGUUUUGAGAGCACCUCCAACCAGCUGCCAGUGUGGAGAGCAUGGCAUGGCCCUAUAUCACUAGGGCGUGCUGCAUAGCCCGUUUCUGGAACCAGCUGGAUAAGGGAGAUAUCGCAGUGCCUUUGGUUUUUAGCAAGUAUUCCGAGGUGACGGAAGGGGCCCCACAACAUCAUGCCCACCUGCAGCAGCCACAGGCACGGCUCAGUUCUGCUGCCAUAGAAACACAGGCAGCAGUAGUGGAGGCGGAUCAUGGAGGACAAGUUGGUUCCACCAAAGACUUGUCCCAGCAACCUGGGCUUGGGCCUGAUAAAAUUCUGACCGGUUCAGUUAUGCGGCAGGAUUACAAAGCUUGGAAGGUCAAGCCAGAACCAAGCUGCAAACCCAAAACUGAUUACCAGCCUUCGGAGGCCCCCUUUCAAAAAGAAACCCAGUACCAGAAGGACUUUAAAGCAUGGCCUAUACCUAGGCAGGGGGAUCAUCCUUGGAUCCCUAAACCAGCUGCAGGCCUCAGUGCCUCAAAUGCCUCCAAUGAGACCAAGAGAAAGAAACAAGCUGUAUUUCUACCAGAGAACAAGCCCACAGAGCCGGCUAAAGUGGAGGCCACGGAACAAGUUGUGCCCAAAGUUAAGGCAUCGGUCACAUUCAGUGGUUUGCCCAUUAAGGAACCACCAUCCAAGGAAAACCCCGAAAAGAAGACCAGGGAGAAGUCUCCAUCUGGCCGACUUCACGUGGAUGGGAUGAGACCUAGGGAUGCGGUUGACAUGCUCAACAGGCAGAUUAAGGAGGAAAGGGGAGCAGGAAGCUCAUACAGAAAUGAGUUUAGACCUUGGACCGACAUUAAACCAGUGAAGCCAAUCAAAGCCAAGUCUCAGUACCACCCGCCCGAGGAGAAGGUUGUCCACGAGACAAGUUACAAGGCCACGUUCAAAGGGGAAUGCAACCAGCCAGCCGCUGGGGACAACAAACUGAUGGAGCGGAGAAGGAUACGCAGUUUGUACAGUGAACCUUACAAGGAAUCCUCUAAGGUGGAGAAGCCUAGCGUUCAGACUUCCAAACCAAAAAAGACAUCGACAAGCCAUAAACCUGUGAAAAAGGCCAAAGAAAAGAUCAUCGCACCUGGCCGGGCUUCCAAGAAGAAGGACGCUGAGAGCACCUCCACCACAAAGCCAGAGGAGAAGGAGAAAAGCAAGGAGAUCAACAAUAAACUGGCUGAGGCGAAAGAGUAAUUUCACAGCACUUAUUAUUCUUCUUGUUUUGAUGAUGAAGGCCACAAAAUACGUUAGAGACUUUGAAUCUGCCGAGGCUCUGAUUGUAUUUACACUAUUCCAUGUGUUUCUUGUGAGAGUAGACAUCACUUAGACACCUUCACAAACACGGGUCACGUUGGGAG